AUGGUCUCCUUUCGGGCAUAUCUGACUCUUGUCCUUGCUCUUCCCUGGGCAGGAGCUUUUGUUUCCAAAAGACAAACCGUUACGGAUCUGAAGCGCGGCUAUAUCAUCGAGUUCAAGGAUGGAAUUGACGCUGUAGGCUUGACCACCGAUGCAUUUAUUGCUGAGCUUAAGGCUAAGGAGCAGUUAAAGCUGACUCGCCGUCAUGAGUAUACGUCUUCACUCUUUAAGGGCUUCUCUUUCGACCUUGAUGAAAAAGGAGACGUCAAUGCUGCCAUAGAAAGGAUCUCUGCUAUGCCGCAUGUCAAGAAUAUUUCUCCUAUUCGCAAAAUUACCGCUCUGUCGCCCAAGAUCCAACGGUAUGCUCAGCCACAGGAAUUCGUGGUGGCUGACCAGCGACGACGGACAGACUAUGCUGAACCCUGGCAUAAAGCUACCGGCGUCGAUCAACUUCGAAAAGCUGGUUAUACUGGAAAAGGAAUUAGGGUGGCAGUGAUUGACAGUGGUAUUGACUACAAACACCCUGCUCUUGGUGGGUGCUUUGGCAAGGGAUGUCUUGUUGAGUACGGCAAAAAUCUUUUUGGAACUCCAAGCGAUGAUCCGUUUGAGGGUCGUCAUUAUCACGGAGUUGCCCCUGGUGUCACUCUGGGCCAUUAUCGCGUACUAGGCUACGAAGAACCGAACCAAAAUUCGAGUCUAUCGAAUGAUGUAGGCUUCACUGACACACUUAUAAAAGCAUACUUGGAUGCCUUUGAGGCAAAGUCAGACAUUAUCACGGCUUCAGUUGGUACGUUUAGCGGCUGGUCGGCAGAUCCAUGGGCCAUUGUAACAGAGAGAAUUGUUAGCAAGGGUGUAAUAUGUCUUGGAGCUGCUGGAAACGAUGGAAACCUAGGACCAUUCUUGGGAGCUGAUUUAAACUCAGCAUUUAGCAGCAUUGGCGUUGGCUACAUAAAUAAUGUUGAGCUUCCGGCUGUUCUUCCCCGGGCAUUUUAUACUACCUCGCAUGGUAACAAACCCUUUGCUUGGGCUAUGGUUUCUGAGUUCAACAAUGGCACUUCUCCUUUGGCUGAAGUUAGGCAAAAUGCUUGUGAGCCUCUACCAGCUACGCUUAAUUUGUCUGGAAAAACCAUUCUGUAUAGUUUGGGAACCUGUGUCCCUAAUACCCAAGUGAAAAAUCUUGCUGAUCGCCACGCUACCAACAUUUUCUUUUGCAACCCCGAAGAUAAUGUUGUACCGCCAUGGCAGUUACCACCGUCUCUAGUGGGCACUAUUAAAGGCAUGGGAAUUCUGCCCAAGACGUAUUGCGAAAAGCUCAAGACUGCUGCGUCAAAUAACGGCUCUGUGGUAAUGACAUCGUCAACUUCUGCGCCGCGGGUGCUUCAUAUUCAGAAGAAUCCCUUUCGCGGAGGUGAGAUAACUGUUACAACAGAGUGGGGCCCAUCCAAUGAUCUUCGCAUUGUGCCAACAUUCCUCGCCCCCGGGGAAUAA